UCACGUGACGGUCAACUAUGGCUUCCUUCUCGUAGUGAUGGAGGCGCAUCGUUGACAACAAAACAAAACUGUAACUUUAUUCAUUCAUUUGUCCGCCGACACAAGUUGGAUUCAGGAUGCAGAAGAUAAAGUCCCUUAUGGCCCGUCAGGGCCUGAAAAGCCCCCAAGAAAGCAUGGCAGACCUCAGCCCUGUGGAGAACCUGAGGAUCCCGAGCAAGGAGGAGUUGCGGGAGCUGAGGGAGCAGCCCAUCGACCCCCAGGCGGAGCAGGAGAUCAUCGACAGCAUCGAGGAGAUCUACUUCUCUAAUGACUCCUUCGACAUGGUGCAGCACGAACUGGAGAAACUCCCACCUGAGCUGAACCUGCAGGAGCUGGAGGAGUACAGAGACAAACUGAAAAGACAACAGGCAGCAGUUUCUAAAAAGGUCGCCGAUCUCAUUCUAGAGAAACAGCCUUCUUAUGUCAAGGAACUGGAGCGGGUGACGGCGUUACAGACUAACCUGCAAUUGGCAGCAGUCAUUUGCACUAAUGCAAGGAGACAACUGAGCGUGUCGAAGGAGGGAUUCACAGAAGCCAGUUUGGGUCUAUUGGCCAAUCAGAGGAGACGACAACUGCUGACAGGCCUCCUUAAGUCACUGAGGACCAUCAAGACUCUGCAAAGAACAGAUGUCAGACUCAGCGAGAUGCUUGAGGAGGAGGACUACCCAGGUGCCAUCCAGCUCUGUCUGGAAUGUCAAAAGGCUGCCAGCACCUUCAAACACUACAGCUGCAUUAGCGAAUUGAAUUCCAAACUACAAGACACUCUGGAGCAAAUAGAGGAGCAGCUUGAUGUCGCCCUGUCGAAGACUUGUAAGCACUUUGAUGUUUCGCACUACACCAAGGUCCAGCUGGCCUAUACGCUCCUGGGCAAGACACAGACUGCUAUGGACCAGCUGCACAUGCACUUCACCCAGGCCAUCCACAACACAGUGUUCCAAGUGGUUCUGGGAUAUGUGGAGCUGUGUGCCGGCAACGCUGAUACCAAGUUCCAGAAGAUGCAGUACAAGGACCUGUGCACGCAUAUCACCCUGGACAGCUACAUUCCCUGCCUGACCGAUCUAUGCAAGGCAUUGUGGGAGGUGAUGCUGAGCUACCAUCGCACCAUGCAGUGGCAUGAGGCGCAUGACAAACAGGAGACCACACCCACUCCAGAUGACACCGCAGCCACAGAGUCUGAUGAGUCGGUGGUGGACCGCAGCUAUGUGAAGAAGAAGCUGGAGCAUGGACUGACACGGAUCUGGCAGGAUGUCCAGUUGAAAGUAAAGGCCUACAUCCUGGGGACAGACAUGUCUAACUUCAAGUACGACGAUUUCAUAGUGGUACUGGAUGUCAUCAGCAGGUUGAUGCAGGUGGGUGAGGAGUUCUGCGGCAGUAAGUCCGAGGUCCUGCAGGAGUCCAUCAAACGCCAGAGUGUCAACUACUUUAAAAACUAUCACAGGGCACGACUGGAAGAGCUGAGGAUGUUUCUGGAAAAUGAGACGUGGGAACUGUGCCCGGUCAAGUCUAACUUUAACAUCGCCCAGCUCCAUGAGUUUAAAUUCAUGGGCCAGUGUCGCUCUCCGUCCGUUUCCCCGAGCAGACAGGCCGUGUCCUCGACCAGCCCGACUCAGGAGGAGCAGUCUCUGUUCCAGGAGUACCUUCAGGAGGGAAACCCCUUUGAGAUGCACGCUGAGAACAAAGAGGAGGAGACAGAGGACGUGCUGGCAUCUAAUGGGUAUGAGUCAGACGAGCUGGAGAAGAGUGUGUAUCAAGAUUACGACAGUGACAGUGACGUCCCCGAGGAGCUCAAGCAGGACUACGUUGACGAGCAGACGGGUGAUGCCCCCCUCAAAAGUGUGUCCCGAGAAACCAUAAGAAGCAAGAAAAGGUCAGACUACAACCUAAAUAAAACCAAUGCACCGAUCCUCACCAACACCACCCUCAACGUCAUCCGGCUUGUCGGGAAGUACAUGCAGAUGAUGAACAUUUUGAAGCCGAUUGCCUUCGAUGUCAUCCACUGUGUGUCACAGCUCUUCGACUACUACCUGUACGCUGUCUACACCUUCUUUGGACGCAAUGACAUGCCUGUCCCAAGCCCGUCUUUGCCAGCUCAUGGUGGCAGAGAGGCAGGCACCGCCAGGGUGGUGGGCCCUGCAUGCUUGUAUGAGUCAUCGGGUCUGGGCCUUAUCAGCAGCCGACUGAGAACCACACUGAACCGGAUCCAGGAGAGCCUCAUUGACAUGGAGGCAGUGGGGGAGAACGCAGGAGUCCACGGCCCAGCAGAAGACAGGAAGGAGAAGGUGCCCAGCCCUCAUCUCAGCCAAUUGGUAGUCCUCACUAACAGUGGGACUCUCUAUGGGCUAGCACAGAGGGUGGUGGCCACCGAGUCUCUUGUGUUUCUGGCUGAACAAUUUGAUUCCCUCCAAUCCCACCUGGACACAAUGAUGCCUGCAGCCAAGAAGCCCUUCCUGCAACAGUUUUAUUCCCAGACGGUGUCUACAGCCAGUGAACUUCGGAAACCAAUAUACUGGAUUGUUGCAGCCAAGGCCAUUGACUACGAACAAAUGUUGCUCAUGAUGGCUGGAGUAAAAUGGGACAUUAGGGACAUAAUGUCACAGCAUAAUGUUUAUGUGGACGUCCUGUUAAAGGAAUUUGAGCAAUUUAACAAGCGGCUGGGUGAGGUUUCCAGACAUGUGCGCAUCCCGCUACCUGUGUCCAACGUCCUGUGGGAGCACUGCAUCCGCCUGGCCAACAGGACUCUUGUAGAAGGCUAUGCUAAUGUGAAGAAAUGUAGCAACGAGGGCCGGGCCCUGAUGCAGCUGGACUUCCAGCAGUUCCUCAUGAAGCUGGAGAAGCUGACCGACCUGCGACCCAUCCCUGAUAAAGAGUUUGUUGAGACCUACAUCAAGGCCUAUUACCUGACGGAGAAUGACAUGGAGCAGUUCAUCAAGAAUCACAGGGAGUACUCCAUGAAACAGCUAGCCAACUUGGUGAACGUUUGUCUGGGCUCACAUAUAAACAAGAAGGCCCGUCAGAAACUUCUGGCAGCCAUCGAUGACAUUGACAGACCCAAGAGAUAGACUGAUGGCCAGAGCAGACCCUGAACGUGUCAAGCAGCCACAGAGAUGGACACUCCCAACAGAGUAAACCCCCACAGUGGAAGCUCAGCAUAGAAUGUCUUCAUUUUCAGUUUAGUGCAUCCAUGUUGUGGUGUUCAACAAGCUGUACAGUAUAUACAGAAGUAGAGCUGCUGUAUACAUCAAUUUAAAGCUCAUAUGUUAGCCAAAUGCUAAUUAUCUGUUAAUCUACUGUCCUUAGGUGGUCAAAAACUCGUUGAAUGCACCUCAUGAUGUGUUGAUGGACAUAAAUACUAAAACUUUCAUUCUCAAGCAUGCUGCAGUUACUCUAUGCAUACAGUAGAUGUACCGUAAUGCAUGCACUCAUGUUUCCAUCAAACAAACGUACCGCUUAUGAUGUUUUUUCUGCAAAUUGUCUGCAACCAUAACUAUUUCAAUCUAUUCUCUGACCAUUAGGAACAGAUGUUAAGUAUGUUUUUCAGACACAGUACAGGAUCUAACAGUGUGAUGUGACCGUGUGGCCGUUUAUGGAACUUACACCGUCUCUUUUCAGUCACUGCGAACAGUUUCCGAUUCAGCUCCAAACUUGAUAUUAAACAAAACAUUGAGUGAACAUUUACGAGUCGCUAAAUUUGAUAGUCGCAUAACGUUGUUAAGUUUUUUGGUAAAUACGUCCCAAUUACAGAUCCAAGAAGAGUCUGUGUCAUAAACCUCCACUAUCUGAUACAAAACAUGAUUGAAUUUGCCCCCAGAGGGAGAAAUAGUAAGAUCUGAGCUAUUUUUCACUUUAAUCAUUUAUUUUAAAUUAUUCCAGCCCAUGCGUUUGCUGUAUAUUAUUUCACUUCAGGGUAUUUAUUGUGCCUGACUGGAUUCUUUGCUUCUUUUGUUUUAUUUGUUUUGUCUAUGAUUGACAUAAAUCUUAAUAUAAUGAUUACUCUGAUAAAUAAUAUAAAUUGCUGUAGUCAACAUGUAGUAUAUGUGCACCAUGUGUGAUUGUUUGAUUUGUCAUAUCUGAGGAGGAAAUUCUUUUAUUGUCCUGGGUUGAGUAUUUGAAAGUCUUGUUUGUGCAGUCAGGCACUGUUUAAGUUAUAUCUUAUGCACUAGUUUAACUCUGUCAACAAGAGCUUUCCUCCAAAGCUUUAAGGCUCCCCUCCAGUCACCUCCAAUAGUUUAAGUUGACCAGACCUGAUGGGAGGGCAGAUUGAUUUACUGUUGAAGUCAGUUUUUAAUACAGCUUCAUAUUUUGUGUGCAACUAUUCCAACAAUACUGUAAAUGUGAAUGUUUUGAACAAUGUCUGUAUUUAUUUCUCGCUUUGUGUCUUGUUUGGGUUUUUAUAUGAUAAUUGCAGGACGUGUGCUGUCAUUUAUCACCUCUCAGUAUCUUGUAACUUAUCAACUGAAGCUAAUACAAAUAUUUAAACAUUGUCAAAUUAUGUUAAGGGUCAAGUGCACUAAAUCAAGUAAUCAGUGUUGGAACUGUAGGUUGAAACAAAAUAAUUCUAACAUAAUAAACACACUAAUAAUG